AGAGAGCGAGCCAAAUGAGUGAGUAAGUGAGUUCAUAAAUUUCUUAUUCGUGUAUAUGAGCGAACAGAAAUUUCAUGUGUUUUUUCUUUCUCUCACUCUCUGUGGUCUGUGUUUCUAGCAGGAAAGAGUUGAGUGUGAAAACGGGAAAAUCACUUUUUUCACUGUACAGUGUACAGUGUUUCAGCUUUACUUCUUCACUCAUCGUGUGUAAAUAAUUUUUGCGCGCGACCCAAAAAAUCGGAACAAUUCAAUAAUUCAAAUUAAAAUCAUAUUGGAAUCGACGAGAGAGUGAGAGCUGAAAAUAAAAAAUUGCAAAUGGCUGAUUUCAUUACAUGUUAUAUCUGAGAAGUAGUAUACAUACUGUGAACAAACAGCAGCAGCAGCAACAGCAGCUAACAGUAGCUGAAUUAAAAAUAAUUCAAACCACCAAUAAUAAACUACAAUUUUAUUUUUAUCGAUUAAAUUUAGAGAAAUUAAUUAGAAUUGUAAUUUGGUUUUUCAUUGAUUUUCGUUUUAAAUGGUGAAGUAAUUUUGUUCACUCAAAAUAAUCACAACAACAACAAACAAAACUGAAAAAAAAAUUCAAGUGACUACUUUUGAAAACGAGAACAAGUGGUGCAAUUUAGUGUGAAAAUUUGUCGUGGUUUUUUUUUAAUUUUCGGGAGAAAGUGAUAAAAUUGUGUAUUUUUCGCUGCCACAACAACAAAAUUCAAUGCAUGAUAAAAUGGGAGUGAAUCAAAUUCAGUGAGUUUUUGUGUAAGAGAUAGAGAGAGAAGCGAGAAAAAAAUAUUCAAAUUAAGCAUUUCUUGUUAAUGAGCAAGACAUUUAGAAGAAGAAAAAAAACGGUGCAAAAUAAUUCAGGCAAAAAUGCAGACAAAUUUCAACGAAAACUUGGUCAAUUUGAUCAAAAAUUCAAUGUUUGCAUUGGACUUGUUUUCAUUCUGCGGCUAAACAUCCAACUCCGGCAACGACAAAGAAACAAAAAAACGGGUCCAUUUUUCUCGAUUCGCUAAAUUCGGGCAUCAGGAAAUUAUAGAAUGGUAGAUCCGCACCAAGUGUUAAUUGACAAUGGGAAUAACUCGACGAAAAUCAGUGAAACACCAAAUCUACCAGCAAAUUUGAUACCGAUGAAUGAGUCGGAUAAAAAGCAAAAUCAAAAUUUAGAUGUGAAUAGUAGUGUUGUUGUGAAUGAUUCGACUACAACAACGACGGCAACGACCACGAUAUUGGCGGAUGUGAAUGAAAUUUAUGAACAUAGACAAAAUGUUUACGAUAAACUGGACGAUGGUGUGGAGAUAAUGUGUGGUCCAUCGUCACGAAAUUGCACCAAUUCGACGAUAAAUGAAAAUAAUAGUGUAACCGCCACGGCGACAACAUUCUUGGCUGCGCAGAAUGGCAGCAACAGCAGCACAUUGACACCAUCGAGUAAUUUUGCCAGAGACAUUGAACAAAUAAAUGCAGUUAAUAAUCCGAAUAAAGUGUGUAUAAUUGUGACAAAUAAAGAACAAACCAGCGAAUCGGAUGAUUCAUACAGCCAACAAACGCUACCAUCGACAUCAUCCAUCAAUAAUAAUUCAGCUGACAAUCGUGACGACCACAUCAAAACUGAAGAGUAUUCAGCUGAAUUUCAAUUGCAAAACACAGCCAUCGCAACCACACCGGAUUUUAAACAGAUUGAUGCGACGACAGUUUCCGCUUCAUUUACAUCAGCCAACAAAAUGGAUUCGAGAAAAGUGGAACCAUUAAGAAUCAAUAUAAAUCGUGAUCCAAUUAAAACGAAAAUCAAAUUGGGCGCAUUACCCGGUGAUCGUCAAACGAUGUCACCGAAAUCCUCAUCAUCGUCCAGCAAUGCGGGCAACGAUGAGCGUGAUGAUAUCGGUGAGAUGCCACAUGAAAAUCAACAAUCAUACCCGAAAAUCAUAAUCAAACCGAUUGUUAAACCACCAACGGAAAUCGAACACCAUCAUCAUAACCAUAGCAUGGGCUCACAUACACCAUCAUCAUCAUCAUCAUCAUCAUCGUCAUCAUCACAAGAAGCAAUACCAAAAUUGAAAAUUAAAAAAGUGGACACGAACAACAGUAACAGCACUUUGACACCGUUGCCAACACAUUCGGCCGCUUUGAAUAGUGACGAUAUCCAGGGCAAUUACCAAACACAUUUACUAUCUGAAUCGAGUUCCAGUGUGCCUAAGUUAGCUACAAUGCGUGGCUCAACGACAAAUUUAUCGAUCGGUUCAAAUAGCUAUGACGAGGGCAAUUGCACCGCAUCCAAUGAAGUGAUUCCCAAGUUGACAAUUAAAUUAGAUAACCAUAAUCAGCAUAGUGCGGCUGGGGAUUCACCGAGAAGUUUAGUAUCAACGGGUGGCGUGAAAUUGACGUUAAAACCAAUCGCUGAACCGCCACUACCCAGAUUCACCAUCACCAAUGCGUUUAAUGACACAGCCAAAGUGGUGAUGUUGAACAAUAGCGAACAAACGGACGAAUCAAGUGAUGAGCUACCGUCACAGCCACCAUCAAGCCAGCCCUCGCCAAACGAUAAAGUCUCAUCACGGAGCGAGUAUGCGACACAUGCAAUCACAUCAACAUCUUCAUCGUAUUCCGGCCCAAAUGCAGAGGAUAACCUAUCAACAUGUAGCUCGGGCUCAUCGUCAAGUUACAGCAGCAGUUCAAGUAUUGCUAACAAUGACAUUAAACUUAUAAUAAAAGCAACAUCAACGGGUGGGUGUGUUGUGAGUCCGAACACGUCGGUCAUACGAAAUUCGCCAUCUUCAAUGAAAUCAUCGAACAAUCUCAAAGUUUCAAGCAGCAAAUCGAAUAGUGGCGAGCAGUUAAAAAUGAACAAUAUCACUUCGAAUGUGGUCACAUCAUCAACAGUGAAUUCAAAUGAUUCGAUUCCGAAGCUAAAUAUUAAACUAUCGGGCACCGACUAUCCGCAGGUGAUUCACAAUGAGCACGAUCAAAAUGACAUUGGACGAACGGAAUCACCAUUGCCAAAGCUAACGAUACGCAUGGCAAACAAUGAUGAUAACAUUGUUAUACCAAAGGUGACAAUCAAACCGGUGGUGAAUCCGAAUGAAAAUACCGAUCCGAUAGCGGCCGGAACGCAAUUAGUGACACCAAAAAUCAUACUAAAAUCAAUUCCAAAACCAAUUGAAAAACCCUUAGAAAUAAUAACAACGGGACAGGGUAGCCCGUUUCGUAAUUCAGAGAAUGAAAGUCAACAGUCGCCGCGAAUCAUUUUAAAGAUAAACAAAAAUUCAACGUCACAAACAAAAGAGUCGGCAACGCUAACAUCCACCACAAUCAUAGCUGAUGAUCCGAUUAUGCGAGUUGAUUCACCGCAACCUGCCAAACAAAAUGAAUUGAAGCGAUCGAAUCAUGAAUCCGAUGUGUUGUUGGCGAAGAAACAAAAACUUGGCACCGAUGUUGUUCAAUUGUUGAGCUCCGAUUCGGAACCGGAUGAUGAUCAAUCACCACCAUCAUCGCAACCACCACCACCACCAACCACAAAUAAUAAUCACAAUGACUCGAAUCAAAAUCAAGUAAACAUUCGACGUGAUCCAUUGGAUACGUCAGUCACAACAACACCGCCAAUUUCAUUUGAUACCAACUCUGGAUUGCGUUCAAUUCUCACCCGACCCCAAAUGAAAAUCCAACCGCAACCAAUACAAAACUUUUUACAAACUCUACCUCCGUUUAAGAGUACCAGUGAUAGCAGCAGUGCAAAAGUGAACGAUGUCAUCGAUUUGUGUCAUGAUAGCAACGAUCAAGUUAUCGAUGCACCAAUGGAUGAGGAAUCCACAUCGAAAGAUGUAUGCGAUCCAAAUCAAACGGCCGAAUCGAAUGAUACGAAUAAAUUGGCCCAUGGUAAACAACGGAAUUCAGAGCAAAAUAAAAAAUCAAAUUAUUGGCAGUAUUUCUGUAAUGAAAGGGAAAAAGAACAAAUCGAACCGAUACAUCCGCUACUUCAGCAGAACAUUGAACGGGCUAAUGUGUUGGCGGCCAUGAUGGAAGCGGCCAAUAAUCAGGAACGUUCAACGAACGGAAGUAAUAAUAACAAUACAGCGAAGAAGGCGGAAUUUGAUGAAACGGCUACCGGUAAUAAUUUACUCAUCGACAAUGAAGGUUCUAGUUCAGAUUGUAUUGUGAUUGAAGACACGGCAUCGGAACCAUUUCCAAAUGAAUUUGGAAGCGGUGAAAAUUCAGCCGAACAAAAUGGACGGAAAAAGGAUUCGGUGGAUCGUGAUUCGGGCGUUGAUGUAUCGAAUUCAGUGAAGUCAAUAACCGAAGAAGAAGCAACGCCAGUCGUUAAACGACCGCGUGGUAGGCCGAGAAAGGGAACCACACCGAAAACGGUCACAAAAAAACCCGUCAAAACGCCUGGAAAACGUGGUGAGCGUAAAUUUGCUGCCGUAGUAAUAGCUCAACCAGAUGUGCAAGCAGCUGAAGAGCCAAGUAUAGACAAUUCCUUUGUAAUGGAAUCACUAUCUGCCCCAUCCUUAGACACUCCGAACAAAAACUUAUUGACGCAAUCAAUGAGCAUUGACCAUUUCAAAGAUGUAGCCACUGAAUCAGUACAACAAACGGACAUUCUAACAUCAGCCGGCACAAUAACAAUCACCUCGCCCAUAUUGCCGGUUACAAUGGACAUAAGUGAAAAUAACAUCAGUGAAUCACCAAAUCAAUCACUACAAUCUCUGGGGCAUGAAGCUGUGCAGCUAAAUAAAAAUGUGGAUAUGGAUGUAUCAACUGAACUCACCGCUACCCCAACAUCUGGUCACACAACAAUAGACAAAUCGAUUAGUUUAACAUCACCAACAACACCGAGUGUGCCGAAAGAGCGAAAGAAGCGUAUAAUUAUCGAUGACGAUGAUGAGUCACCGACAUUCAAUCCGUUGCGUAGCACGAAAAAAUCACGCGGUAAAAACCGUCGAAAACAAUUGCUACUGAAAAAACAACAGCUAAAAGCACAACUGUUGUCACCUACCGGUUUAGCUCUUAGCGAUAAGGCAAAUGAAAGUGCAGUAUUCACAUCACCUGAGGGAAUU